UCAUACCAAUAUUCAUCACACAACACAUCAAAGUCCCAAAAGCAAAGAGCUAGCAGCAACAAUGCCAAUGGCUCCUCCUUCUUCACUUCUCAUAUCCUGCUUCCUCAUUCUCACCAUCACCACCCACCUCACACCUUCACAUGCCCUCUUCCUAACCCUCGUCAACAACUGCAAAUACACCGUCUGGCCCGGCAUCCAGCCCAACGCCGGCCACCCAGUCCUCGCCGGCGGCGGCUUCGUCCUCAACCCCUUCACCCACCUCUCCAUCCCCGUCCCAGACACUCACUGGUCCGGCCGCGUCUGGGCCCGCACCGGCUGCACCUACGCCGCCGGCAACCGCUUCACCUGCGCAUCCGGCGACUGCGGCGGCCGUCUCCAGUGCGCCGGCGCCGGCGGUUCCGCCCCAGCCACCCUAGCCCAGUUCGACAUGCACCACGGCAACGCCGACUUCUCCUCCUACUCCGUCAGCCUCGUCGACGGCUUCAACGUCCCCAUGACUGUAACCCCUCACGAAGGCAAAGGUGUUUGCCCUGUUGUCGGUUGCCGCUCCGAUCUGCUCGCCACGUGUCCACCGGUCCUCCACCACCGUGUGCCGGCGGUUCACGGCCCUGUUGUGGCGUGUAAGAGCGGUUGCGAAGCUUUCCACUCCGAUGAGCUUUGCUGCAGGAAUCACUUCAACAACGCGCAAACGUGCAAGCCAUCGGUUUACUCAACGUUCUUCAAGCACGCGUGUCCUGCUACGUUCACGUUCGCACACGAUACUCCUUCACUGACGCACGAGUGUUCUUCACCGCGUGAGCUUAAGGUUAUCUUCUGCCAUUGAAAAAGGACAAGGUUUGGGUCACUGUUUAGCGACCCAUUUCCUUCUAUUUCUGGUUAUUAUUCAAAUAAAAGCAGUGUGGUUUAAGAAGCUAGCUAGGUUUGAUUUUCGUAUUGUAAUUUUAGUUUAUUAUCUGUAGUUUAGUUUGUAUUGUGGUUUGUGAUUUGUUAAGUGUUUGAAUGUUGUACUAGUAGUUUUGAUUUGUGGUUUAAGAUUUUCGAUCCAAGUUUUAAUCAA